AUGGCUACCGCACUAAGCCAAAGCCUGGCCGUACACGCACUUAAAAUAGUCCCGAGUCGACGUUUUUCCACCUCGGCGCCCAGAUUUGAAAGACCUGCUGGCCGCUUCCAACGCCGCCUUCGUCGCUCGCCCAUCCUCCGCGCGUCGAACGAAGCCAGCACCAGCGCGCCGAGCGGCGGCGAAGGCGGCGCGACAUCCGUGGAGCUGCUGGAGCCCGAGCACGAGGAGCAGCUUGCUGAGGUGGCGCGUCUACUCUCCGUUGCCACGUCACCCUCGGGGAUCGGCGGCUCCGGAGGCAGCGGCUCGGGCCUGCGGCUCGGAGAGGCCGCGGCGGGGGAGCUCGUCCGCCAGCUCGAUCACGCUGGACGCGCGGCGCUUCUCACGGCGCUAUUUCCGGGAUCGACGGAGAAGCACGACGCGGCGCAGGAGUUUCAGGAUGCGGACGUGAACCACGACGGCGUGUUGGACGCGCGCGAGUUCGCGACGUACGUCGAGGCGCAGCACGCCAAGAUGGCGGCGGCCGACCGCCCGCUCAACCUGCACCAGCUCGGCCUGCUCGCCACGCGCUCCGCUAUAGGCAACAUCGGGUUCGGCGUGACAGACAAUACCAUCAUGCUCAUCGCUGGUGACAUCAUCGAGGGCACUCUGGGCGCAGCCUUUGGCAUCUCCACUCUCAUGGCGGCGGGGCUGGGCAAUGCAGUGUCGGACAUAGUGGGGACAAUCUUCCGCGAGUACAUCGAGGGCGCUACAGGCCGAUUCCUGCCGGACGUCAACUUCUCCUCCAAGCAGCUCGCGGAUUCCCGCGCGCGGUGGGCGGAAACAGGCGGCGCAACUGUGGGGGUGACCAUAGGGUGCCUGAUGGGGCUGGCGCCCCUGCUGGUGCUGCCUCAGAGAAAGUGCCAUUCAGGGGGCGAGGGAGGGGACGCCGCUUCUGCUGCUGGUGCUGCUGGGGUGCCUGUGCCAGUGGCUACAGUGGCGCAGGUGGCAUGUGACGAAGGGUUUAUUGGUUCAGCCGCUGCUGCUGGUGCUGCGGAUAAGGCUGCUGAAGAGAAAAUUGAAGUAGGCCAAACAGUUAGUGCUACAGCUGGUGCAACAGGUGGUGGGAUGCGGGGUGCAUUCACCCAAGGCGCUACAGCCCAUGCGUCCAUCAGCGCAGCGCAUUGGAUGGGGCCAUCCCCCUCGUUCCGCCCACCCCUGGCCAGCGCCGUGGAGGAGCGCGGUGGGCUGGGAGUGGCGCUGCUGCUGGCACUGGCGGCACUCAAUGUGGCGCGGCGAGUGAGGGGGGUGUUCAUAAGGAGGGAGGGGGAGAGACGGGAUGGGGAGAGAGUAGGUAAGGAAGAUCAUCAAUCUUAG